UAAGUGAAACCUGGCCUCCACUUUUGUUGUUUCUACUUCUACAGUGAGUGAGAGAAAGAGAGAAGAAAAUAAAAAAAGGGGAAAGCUUUAGAAGUUGGAAGAGUUCAACUGGAGAGUAAUAAUAAUGCCUUCAAAUUCUGGAGAUGAUAAUGUUCUUCAAGUUCUCAUCAAGAACUUUGAUGUCCUUGCUCUCCCAUUGGUUACUCUUGUCUCCCCUCUAUAUGCAUCAGUGAAAGCAAUAGAGACAAGAUCAUUACCAGAAGAUGAGCAAUGGCUCACUUACUGGGUUCUCUACGCACUCCUCUCUCUCUUUGAACUCACUUUCUCCAAACCUCUCGAAUGGUUUCCGAUAUGGCCAUACAUGAAGCUGUUUGGGAUAUGUUGGUUAGUGUUACCACAGUUCAACGGAGCACAACAUGUUUACAAACAUUUCGUAAGACCAUUCUACAGAGAUCCUCAAAGAGCCACCACAAAGAUAUGGUAUGUUCCUCACAAGAAAUUCAAUUUCUUCCCCAAACGGGACGAUGACGACAUCCUCACUGCUGCUGAGAAAUACAUGGAACAACACGGUACCGAGGCGUUUGAGCGAAUGAUCGUUAGGAAGGAUAGUUAUGAAAGAGGGAGGAGUACUAGAGGAAGCAAUAAUUACAUGAUCUUUGAUGAUGACUAUAGGUACUAAAGUUACCACCAUGUUACAUUGGUCUCGGUCUGUUCUUAAACCGGUUAAGCUACUUUCAGUUUAUAAGCUCUCGCUAUGUGACUAUAAUAUAUAUUGUCUGUCUGUCUCUAUGGUUUUUAAAAAAAUAAUUUGCCAGGAUUUAUGUAUAAGCUCUAUCUAGUAAACAUGAUUUUGCUAAA